AUGAAAAACAUCAAGCAGAAUAUCAUAAAUUUUAAGGACCUAGCCAAGCAGCUGGAGGCAUGUGUGCAGUACAACUCAACGGAUAUCGAAGUGAUGCAGGACAUUUACGCGGAAUGUAAAAAAGACCUAAUCACUCUGGAGAAGCUAACGCUGGAGGCUCUGGAAAAGGGAAACGCGCACCUGUUUGAGCAGCUGGUAGAGGCGUCCACCCACGUGAACCGAUCCAUCAAGCUGUUCGAAAGCUUCGAGAAAAACCACAAGGAGCGCGCGCGGAGCUUCCCAGAAGGAGGGGGGUCCCCGCAAAAUGGGGCGAUCCAAAUGGCACACGACGAUAGGGACUCUUCCAAAAAAAAAAAAUCGCACCAAGGGUACAAAAAGCAUGACAGCAAGAGGAGGGGCAAGAAAUACAAAGGCGCGGAUGACGAGGAGGAAGACAGCGAAAAGAGGAACCGAAGUAGGAGCCAAAGCAGGAGCAGAAGUGGAAGCUUGGGCAGAAGCUCCGGAAGAAGAAAAGAACAUGAAAAGAGGAAAAAGAAGAAGAAGGAGAAGGAUAAAGAUAAGGAGAAGGAAAGAAGGAAGUACCUCCAAAGUGAUGAAGACAAUAACAGCAAGGAAAAAGACACGCAUGAUAAUAAAAAAAUGAUAAAGUCGGACUCGCUAGAAUCCUUUAACAAAGCCUUUGGCACCUUCCAUGGUAGCGUGAACAUGCUGAGCAGCGAAAUAGAGGAGGACCUGGACGAUUUUCAAAUGAAGCAGAGGAAGCGGCAGAAGAAGAAAAAGAAGAAACAGCACGAUGGGAAGGUAAAGGGGCACCACGAUAAGGAUAACAAUAACCAUAACGAUAACGAGGUCGAAAAUGAUAACGAAAAUGAUAACGAAAACGACGACGAAAAUGAGCACGAAAAUGACAGCGAGGACCCCUUUCUAAGCAACAACCACAUCGAUUCGCUGGACGAUGUAAGCCCGCUCAGCAGCAACACGACAAAGGGUAAAGCGAACAAGGGGGGAAAAGCAAUCAGUGCACACGGCAUCCACGAACCAGUGGUCAUAGUCAUUCACAUCUCAGACAUUAUAAACGUUUCACGAAAUGUUAAAACGAUUUUUAUAUACCUAACCCUAAAAUCGAUGGAUAACCAAAUUAGCAUCAGGAAGAAGAGCAAAAAUAAACACGUUGACAAUUUUUCUGUAAAUGUUUCUGAACUUUUUGAAUUCUCCGUUUUUUACAACAAACAGUUUUUCCUAUACAUCGAUGUGGUGGACACAGAGAAUAACAGCCACUGCUACACAUGCUUAAUAAAUUUGAAUAAUAAAAUUUUGAAGAAAACUAAAUUUUGUGUCCCUACGGCAUUUUUAUUAACCCAAGUCAGUGACCGUUUUGGUGAUGAUGGUGGGAACCAAAAUUUGACUCCCACCAACCCGGUAGCUUUUCCUGCCAGUUAUCAAAAUAGCAAAGGUGAAAAUAUCGAUAUGGCUCUCAAAGAUUUCUCCUUUAUAUCCCCCACAGUUAAUACCUUUCCUGGGGGAAGUCCCUUGGAUCACCGCGGGUUGGGUUACCAGCCGUUUGGCAGCCCCCCAAAUGAUGACCUCUUCGGUGACAACCCCACUGGCAGCAACCGCGCGCAUAACCGCUUGAAUGAUUUUCACGUAUCACGGGCCAACCCCAAUAACGUAUACCCCGUGGGCAAAAACCUGAGGAACCCCAAUUUGAGCAACUUCAAUUUUGCGCGCACCAACCAGAACGGCCCCAAUUCGAACAACUUCAACUUCGUCAGCAGAAACGUUGCCAGUAGGAACCUAUCCGCUUGGGGGAAUGGCAACCAGGGCUUCGGCGCGCCCAGUUUUGGCGGUCCAUCAUUUGGGGGUCCCUCUUUUGGUGGCCCAUCAUUUGGGGGUCCCUCGUUUGGCGGCCCCAACCGAAGCCUCAGCAACCCCUCCUUUAGCAACCACAGUUUUGGUCAGCCCAACUUUGGUCAGCCCAAUUUUGGUCAGCCCAAUUUUGGUCAACCUAAUUUUGGCCAACCCAACUUUGGCCAACCCAACUUUGGCCAGCCCCACUUUGGCCAGCCCCACUUCGACCCCUUCCCCCUGGACCACCCCAACCAGAGCAACAAAGAGGGAGGCGGCUCCCCCCAGGUGGACUUCCCAAGCAGCAGGACACCCAAAGGGAGCGAAUCAAAUGAAGCGGAAGAGAGGAAAAAAAAAAACGAGCUAGCCAAAGACGAAAAGGACUUCUCAAGUGACUGCUCCUACAUCAUAAUGAACAUUUUUUUGAAAAACAAAGAUUUCGAUCACGAAACGGAAUUAAUGAAACAGAACAAUAUGAAUCUGUACAAGCAGCUAUACAACGUGUGCAACAAGGAAAAGGUGUAUUAUGAAAAUAAGAACAAAGAAAAUGAAAAGAAAAUAGAAGAACUAGACAAGGCAGUAAUGCUGCUCGAGCUGGACAACGAAAGCUACCUAGACGCCAACAACAAGUUGAAGGAAAUUAUCGAGUCGAAUAAAGAAAUAAUCAAAGUGAUUGAAAAUAUUGUAAAGAAGAAAAAUAACAAAAUAGAAAAACUGGAAAAAGAAAAUGAAAGAGUUGUACAGGCAGAAAAACUUAUCGAAGAAAAUAAAAAAGAAAACGUUUUCCUAUCACAACAAAUUACCAAACUGAGUAACAAUUUUAAGCAAAAUAAAAUCAAGUUAAAAGAUUCCAACCAAGUGAAUGAAAACCUCAACAGUAAGGUGAACAAUUUGAUAUUCCAACUGCAAAAUGCGCAAAUGAAAAAUGAAAAACUUUUGCUCUACUUAUCCUACUUGGUAAAGCAUAUCCACAAAAGCAGCUGCGAUGAUGAUGCCAAUAUGUUAAAUCUGAUGAAGUUAAAAAAAAUGAGCUGCACUUUACAAGGAUCACAGGUUGGUAGGGACUACCAGGAUAUGAUAGACGACAUUGCAAACAACUGCAGUUAUGUGAAGACCGGUUCUAAGUAUGAAGAUGUUCUGCUGAAUCAGUUCAUCAAAAGUCAGAAAAGGGUUAAUAUGAACCCAAAACUUUUGUAUAAAUUUCUAGGCAUACGGAAUGAUUCAAAAAAACAGAUUCUCAACUACAGCAGUGAUAACAGUGAUGGGAUCCUCCUCCCGAGGGGAAGCGGCAAAGGGGGGAGAAACACUCCCAGACGUAAUCUGCAAAAAGGGGACCUCGUGCCAAAUGAUGAUGCUUCCAAAAGUGCAACCCUCUCGGACGAAUUGGACGCGUCGCAGGAUGAAGGAAAGGACCUCCACAUUGAUGACUUCCUCGUGAAGGGGUACAAAAGGUAUAUUGCCGCGACGUCAUCCACGGAGGUAAAUCAGGAGGGUUAUCUCCUAAAGGGGGAAACCCAUCACCCAUUUGGGAAGAAAAAGAGGGAGCAGAAGAAUAAAGUUAAACGGGAUGAAAAAGGCACUCUCAAGGGGGUGCCCCAAAAUGAGCGCAAAGAGAGUUCCCAUAAGAGCCGCCCAUACGAGUUCCCCCAAAUGAACUGGAGCAGCGAUGAAGAGGCCAAGAAAAAACAGAGGCACUCCUUCGACGUGAAUGUGAAGCGAAUGGAUGAAGUGCAAACGGGGGAGGAAUCCCGAGGGAAAAAAAAAAAGAGCCACCUACUCAGUGAUAAAGAAAAAAUAGAAACGAGGCGAAUCCUAAGUGAGAUGAACAGCAACGUCCAAAUGAGGCACCAUACAAGCGAUAUGUUCCAUGACGAUUUUUUUAACCACCCGAGAGACCGCUCAGAUAAUGAUACAAAUAGCACAUUCUCCUUCAACGUAAAAAAUGUCGCAAAUUGGGGGCACCUGAAAAAGGAGAAGAGGGCCAAAAAGGAGGAGAAAAACGAAGAGGGGGAAGGUAACCCAAAUGAGACUUUCAAAAGGGGACGCCCAGAAUUAGGUGAAAAGGGGAAGGCGAAGCAGAGGAAGAAGCCGGGUUAUGCGGUGAAACAGACAGGGGGGAGAACUACCGGCGGAAAGGGCAAAAAGGGCCUGCUCAGAGACAUCACGGAUGAUGGUGAUGGUGAUGAUGAUGAUGGUGGUCACCACUAUGAUGCCGCUCACCACUAUGAUGACUCCGAUGGGGGGUUCCUCCCCCUGCGGAGCAGAGCGGAGAAACAAGGCAGGAAGAAACACUCCUUAAGCAACUACAAAAAGAAAAAGAGAAACAAAUUGGUAUACAACGAGAACUACACCUUUAGUAACUGUGAAAUGUCCAGCGACGAGGCACUCCAGGGGGUGGAAGGCCCCUCGAAGGUGAGGAGCAAAAAGGAGAAGAACAUUGUCAGUGAUAGCUAUUUAAACGAAAGGGGUAGAGCUAAGCGGAAGCAGAGGAAGCACGGGGAGGGUUCGCCCCUCUGGAGGGACCCCCUAGCGGAGAUGCAACUUGACGAGGAAAGGGCCCCCCCUCACGAUAGCAGCGGGGGAAGCAGCGGGGGUAGCAGCGGAGGUAGCAAUGGAGGUAGCAGCGGAGGUAGCAAUGGAGGUAGCAGCGGAGGUAGCAAUGGAGGUAGCAGCGGAGGUAGCAAUGGAGGUAGCAGCGGAGGUAGCAAUGGAGGUAGCAGCGGAGGUAGCAAUGGAGGUAGCAGCGGAGGUAGCAGCGAAGGUAGCAGCCGAGGAAGCGGUCGAAGCAGUCGGCGAGUGAGUCGCCGCAGAAGCCGAAGUGGAAAGCAGAAACGGGGGAAGGACGGCACACACCGGCGAUUCGUCCACUUGAAAAAAAAAACAACCAACGACUACAUGAGCGACUACAAAAGUUUCGAAAAAAAAUUUAACUACUUCGUGAAGGUGUCGAAAAACCUGCAAGGAAGUCUCCUCUCCAAUAACAGCGACAAAAUAAGUUACGCAGUUAAGAUGAACAAAAAAAGCUACUUCACAAAUUUGGAAAGAAUUAUUAACAAGUGCAAUAAGAAGGAGCAGACGUUUUCCUACCUCGACAGUUAUCUCAGCACGCAAAUCAAGUCGAAUUUUUUGUCAGACGAGGAUAUAAAGAAACAUAAAAGUAGGCUGCGCCACUUUUACAGCAAGAAUACCAAGGGCCUCAUUUUCGAAAACACCCUUGUUAAGAUAUAUGCCAAGCUUUACUACGUAAACGAAGAUUCAGGGAAAAGCAGUGGGUACAAAAAGGAAGGGCUGUCAUACCCUGACAGGCACGAUGCCAAUGGUGACACGAGCAAAGUUCGUCCGUGUGCAAGUGCCAACAAUGGUGCAUGCAAAAAUGAAGGCAAUAGAGUUAAAAGCGAAGAUGGUAACACCAUUGGGAAUGAGUGUAAAAAGGGGGCGGAAAACAAACCAGAGAAGAUACCAAAAAAAGAAAACAUCUACAUGAACAUUUAUGUGAAAUCAAUUCUGUAUAACAUCAUUUAUAUCAAAAGUGAUCUGAGUGAAAACAAAAUGGACCACAUAAAAGUGGUGAAAAGAAAUUUGAAAAAAAAUUAUAACAAAGUGACAGAAGAAAAUGACUACAUAAAUUUGAAGAAAAACGAAAUUUGCCUACUAUACACAUUAUGCUUUAAAAAAAAUCACCUUCACAAGUUACCCCUUUUCUUAAAUGUGGAAUGCUUAAACAAUGACAAUACUACCAUCAAGCUGAAAAUCGCUUUACCACUUCCCCACCUAUUCCUCCUCAAACCAAAUAGCUUUUAUCUCAACCAUUUUGUAAAGAACUUCUCCGGAAAGCACAAAUAUUAUUACAAAUCUUACUACUACAAUAUGCUAGACUUUUCAACGUUUAAAGAUUUCAUCAAUUCGAUCAAACUGUAUAACUCCUUUAACGUUUUCCAUUUUGACUCCUACAAUAUCCUGUAUAGCACGUAUCCCGUUAAUGCCAAAAGUAAGAUGCUUCUCCUAAUUGUCUGCGAUUUUGUGAAAAAAAAAAAUGGCGCUUCCAAUGAUACGGUGAAGUUACAUUUUGUGUCCCUCUCCAACAGUUUGAUUAGCUUCUCCGUAAAUUUGUUCAAGCAAAUUUUGUAG